ACCACCGUCGGUUAUUAUUCAUCACUGAUCAAACCAGUUGCUCUGCAGUUAGGCUCUCUGUCUCUGUCUCUCUCUCUCUCUCUCUCUCUCUCUAUCUCUCUACUGUUGUUCUCUCUCUCUCUAUCUCUGUCUCUAUCUAUGUAAGUGGUGGGUAGGUUAAAUACAGAGGACAGGAGGUCUGGCCUGGUUAAGAGGGAUUGCGAGUCGACCCACUGGGAUUGGGAUUCGCAGGAGGAAGGUCAAGAUAAAAGUCAUGGAUUUGUGGCACAAGAUGGUCUUUCCUGUCCGAAGAGUUUGGGUUGCUUUUUCUGCCCGACUCAAGAAUCGCAAGAAUGGUGCCGGGCUUUUAAAGCUUCAUGAUGAUAUACAGACCUGUGGAUAUGAGGACGUGCAGGUGAUGUGGGAAAUGCUGAGGAGAUCAGAAUCAGAGUUGAUGUCCAACCAUUCCAAGCGCAAGCAACGGCCUUUUUGGAGGAUUUUUGUAUGGUCCAACCACAGCACUGCCUCAUCUUUCUCCACAAAUCAUGCUUCAUAAGACUGGUUCAAUGCUGAUAAUAAUAAUGCUUCGCUAGUGUCCUGCAACAUGACAUGGCAUUAUCAUCUCAAAUUCCUACAGCUGAAUUUGAAGUGGUAUGGUGCAGAGCUAUUUCACGCGUGUCCAUAUCAGUGAUAAUGAAAUAUGUAUCCAUUUUACCUCUAUUGCCAGUAUAAGAGUACAAUAAGAAUAAAGAACUCAUUUGUAAAUAUAUAUUGUGUUUUGUCA